AUGGACGAAACCUUGUCAAUACUGUUCUUCAACCUUGGUGUCGGUCAUGGUUAUCAUCUCCAGAUGCUGCAACAUCUCUAUCCUGUCGAAGGCCAUGAAAACAUGUUUUUCGAUCAUAAAUUCGAAGGUCGCCUGAAUUCCCCGAACGGACUGGGGAUAGCUGAGAUGCAACCAUAUGAUCCUAUGCUUUCAGGCUUCAGCAUUGGACCCUUUCCUCAUGACACCUGCAAUGCCAACGUGUAUCAGAACCGCAACAAGAUGAGCGAGAAGAAUAAUAAGGAUUUCGACGCUGAGAAAUUCAACCUUCAAAAAGUAUCAGCCUUUACAACACCUAUAUGGUUGAUCUAUGAUAGACAUCCGAAUGGCCAAGAGUCAGUCAUAUUGCAAAGCGAUAUUUUCCAUGCUGGGAAAUGCAACCAAAGAGCAACGAGCCUCAUGCCUUUAGACCUUGGAGGGCAGCGAAGGUCAUGA